AUGGUUGGUUCUGUACAAAUGCGAUAUUUUAGACGUGUUUUGUUUCUGCUCACGGCUUCCUAUUGGUCGGGUGAUGAUUCAGGAGAAAAAUCUGUCUGCUUGACAUUUGGUGUUUUUUUCUUUGUUCUGGCGAUGGCCAUUUUGGUAGUCGAUGAAUCUAUGUUGGAGUUCAAUUUGGACUCGGGUUAUGAAAUAUUUUCUGAAGAAGCUGAAUUAUUUUUGAAGAAACAAGGAUUCACACGAGAAGGUGGAUCCGCUCCAAUAUGGAUUUUCAAACUCGCGCUCGCUGUUAUCUCGGGAAUUAUCGGAGCCUUUCUCGGCUUUCCUGGCAUUAGAAUAUCAAUAAUGUUCUUGGAUUUGAUAGAGCAAUACAAAUCUAACAGGUUGCUUCUUGUCCUUUUUUAUGUAAAUUUCUUCGCUCCUCUUUGUCUUGUUUUAUUGUGGAUCAAACCCUUGGCUCGCGAAUACUUCACGAGCAGGAAUAAUUCAUUUUCAGUAUCGGACUCAAACUUUGAUAACAUUCGCAUUGGAGUCAUCUUACUUUGUUGUCUUAUGCGGUUUUUCCUUACCAAAAUGCAUCUACAGGCUUUCUUAGACAUCGCCAAAGUUAAAGUGAAUAGAAUGAAAAGGGAAGCGGGCAGAACGAAUAGUUCUGCUUUGCAAAAAAAGAUUUUUAGUGUUUUUUAUUAUUUAUCUGUGGCUUCUCUUCAAUAUUUGACUCCAGUUAUCCUUUUGGUCUUUCUGACGAUAUCUUUAAGAACAGCAGGUACUACCGACUGGGAGUCGACCAAUGCUUUAAUGAAACGUCUUCAGAAAUCAAUGCUUGUUUCAAAUGUCACGGUGAACGAUGUUCAAAAUCUACGUCACGUGUUCGUGUCGGAACUUGUCAGAGCUGUGACGUCAUAUUUCACGUGGUGGAUAUGCCUGGCGAUGUUUAUGACGUCUGCUUUUGGUGUUGUCUAUCAUCAGGUGUUUUAUGUAUAGAUGUGUACACUGACGGUAAGAAAUAUGGUUAUUUGUAUUGGAUUGGGAUGGAUUAUGUUGAAGUCGGAAGCUCUCGGCAGAAUUCGUAGGUAACCGACUUGUUGGCAAAUUUUAUCAUAGCUUACUCAAAUUUUAUCAAUCAUAGUCUGGGUAAUACAGUAACGCUCUGUAAUGUCCGACUGGCCAAUUUUGAGGAUUUUUGGCAAAUUAGAUUUUAUAGAUUUUGAAUACUAUAUGAACAAAUCGCCGUGCUAUAGUUAUAUUUUAUCAAUGAAUAUUGGAUAAUCAUCACAAUCAAUAUUACUUUUUGAUUGUGUUCAUCUACGUAACACAAACUUUGAAUGUCAAUUGUUGUCUUUUUGUUUUACUUAUGCAGACUUUGCUGUCUUUUGCUUUGCAACUUCCUUUUAGUAUUUUGUACAUUUGAGAUAUUUAACAAUUAGAUUACUAGCUCGA